AAAUCCAUGGACUCCACAGGCACCCCGUUUCAAAUGUCGACUACAGGGGAUGUUGCGAAAUCUUACAAAUCUCCAACCAGCCAUAGAAAAUGUACCAAUCGAAUGACUGGUAUGUUUCGUUUCUGUUCUACUUGCUUGCCUACUUCAAGUUCAUCAGAAAAACAAGUUCGGAUUGCACCAUCUACCGAUGGAAUCCCUCAAACGCGUAAAUCACUUGAUCGAUAUGAAAGAAUUGGAAAUUUAUUAGAACAAUUUUUAAAAGGAAAAUUACAGUAUAUUCAUAAAUUUACUGAUUUACCAGAUGGUUAUUUCCUAAUUGAUGAAAUUAUCCAAUUACCUGAAUUCAAAAAAGAACAUUGUACAUAUGAUGAAAUUAUUGAUGUUGUACAUAAUGAUGCAUUAUUACGAUUCAGUGUUAGAGGAUCAAAAGUUCGCUUGAAACCGCCUGAAUUAAAUAAAGAUCCUGAUGUAAUUUUAUCAAAAAAGUUAGCUUGGAUUCUACGUCAUGGAGCAGAGAAUGUCGGAAUGAAAUAUGAACCUGGUGGUUACCUUUAUGUAGAUAAAAUACUUCAAUUGAAACCAUUUCAAGGAGUUCGACUAGAAGAUAUUUCACGUGUUGUUAAUUCGAACGAUAAAAAACGCUAUGAACUGUCGACAAAUCCAGAAAAUGGCCGGUUAAGAAUCAGAGCUUAUCAAGGUCAUACUGUUACAAUCGAAGGGUUAGAUAUUUCGUUGAUUGAAAAUCCUGAAGAUUAUCCAACUGUUAUCCAUGGUACAUAUUUUCGGAAUUGGGAUUCAAUACGUAGAGAGGGCUUAAAACGUAUGCAACGUACUCAUAUACAUUUUGCACCGGGUGAAGUUGGUGAAACUGGUGUGAUAAGUGGUAUGCGUUCAAGUGCUGAGAUUAUUAUUUAUAUUGAUUUAAUUAAAGCAAUAAAUGAUGGAUAUAAAUUUUACUUAUCAAAAAAUAAUGUUAUUCUAUGUGAAGGAAAUAAAGAAGGUUGUUUACCGACGAAAUAUUUUCGUGCAGCUUAUCAACGUAAUCCACGUCUUAAACUUUCACUCACUCCGUAAAACAGCUGACUUGAAUAAAGCUUCCCGUAUAAAAAACAUACUUAUAUUUGUUGUGUAUAAAAAUAAAAUUCUCAUAAACAUUCUGAUACAAAAUUACAAAAUUCGGUCAAUUCAGUUAUAUCGUGAUUAUGUUUAUUUCCAGUUUCAACUUAUCAACUCUACGUUAGUGCACUACACUUGAACAGCCCACUUUCAUAUAUUUAUCUGUAUCUUUUAUUUUCUGUUAUAUAAUAUAAACUACUUAACUCUAAACGAGUAGUUUGUUUUUUGGAGACUAUUUUAUUUUUCAGAUAGACAUUCAGAUUCGUUUGACUGAUUUUUGACUUUUUGGUUUGCUAUUGUAUAACAUAUAUAUAUAUAAUUUUUUAUAUUUGGAUUUUACUGAGCUGCAUAUUCUUAUGCAUAUUACAUAGAAUUGUACACAUUUGAAUUACUAUAUUAUAAAGAGUUAUUAUCAG